AUGAUGAUUGAUGCUAGUCGAGGUGAAAUUCAGCUUGAUGAUCUUUUCAAUGCUAUCGAACAUGAUAAAGAUCAAGUAACACAAGCACAAGAUAUUUAUGGUGAUUAUCUAAAAGUAAAAAAUGCUAAUUCCAUCAACGAUCAACAUAAAAUUCAAUUGCUUGAACGAAUCUUAAAACUUGAAUGUAUAGAAAAAACAAUUGUAAAUCAUAAUCAUGAGAAUGAACGAUCAAGAAUCAAUCUGAAAUGGACUGUAUUAGCAGAAUGUGGAAUUUGGUAUCGAAAAUUAGGUUUACAUGAAAAAGCUAUUGGCUAUUUCGAAAAAGCUAAUUCAAUAAACAAUCGAGUAUCAACGAUUUAUUAUGAAAUGGGAAUGUGUUAUCUCGAAUUAGGAAAUAUUUAUCAAGUGAAAACAUGCUUUGAAAAAACAAUUGAAAUUAGUAACGAACAUAUUCAUUGGAAAUGUCUCGAACAAAUAAUUUGUCUUUAUUUCACUCUGGGAAAUUUCUCAAAAUGCCUUGAAUAUAUUCGCAUUGGAUAUGAUCAUGUUGCAACUCAUCAAUCGAUGUAUGACUUUGGACAACUAUGUUUAGUUUUACUGGAACAAAGUCAACCCUCAAUGAAAAUUUUAAUUCAAAAAAUGUUUACCAAUGAAAUCGAAUAUAUCAAUUGUGAUGAAAAUUUGUUAGCUAAAGUUGAAGAAUUAAAAAGAAAUAUUGGAAGAUUCAAAGAGAAAUUAUUUAAAAAGAAAACUAUUUAUAGAGAAAGAAAGACUCUAGAUGAAAAUCUAUCAAUAGAGAAUUUUCAAGAUUUUGGUCAAUAUUUAGUAAAGAAAAUACGAGAAUCUAAUAGUGACAAUUCGAAACUAUGCAAAUUAGUUGAUAUUAAAAAUUUUGUACCCAAACCACAGAUUAUUAUUGAAAAAACUGCAAACGAGCCGACCGUGGAAGCACCCGUUGUCUCCGAAGAACAACCGCCUCAACCAACUACUCAUAGAAAGAAACGUUCUAGUUUGCCGUUAAAUAUUGAUGAUUAUGAAAAACGACGAUCAGCAAGAAGUAGUACUCGUAUAAUAAUAGACGAUACUAAUGUUAGUACAGUCGAUAAAUUACGCCGAAUGUUAUCCAAUAAUGAAAACAGUUCUGACGAUGAAGCUGAUGAAACAACUGGUUCACCGGAAAAUAAUGAUGCUGAAACAACUUCCACACAAUUAUCUGAAGUCCAAAAAGAAAAUUUUCCACCGCUACAAAUUGAUUAUAAAUCAUUUAUUCAAACGAUUGAACAGAGAAUUCAAGAUGGGUAUCAAUAUCAUUAUCUGGAUCUUAUAUGUGAUGGCGUUAAUGAGCUUACAAAGCAUUCUUCGACAUCAUGGUCGACCGAAGUUCGAACAAUUUUUACGAAACUUUUUGAUUGUCUACUUGACAAUGUGCAAUAUUCAUCAACUGAACUUGAAUCCAGUCAUUUACGUGCUUGUUUAUGCUAUGUUGAAAAUGCUGUUGGAUCAUCAAAAUCUGAUUUAUCUGAAGAUUCCAUUGAGCGAUUCAGUUGUUUUGCUCGUUUAAAAAUUAAAUACAAAUCACUUGGUUAUUGCUUCGGCCGUUUGCAACUUUUUAUGUAUUUAUUUAAAAACAGUUCUAUUCAACAGAAGCAAUUCGACGAGGAUGAUAUACUUUAUCGAAUUCUAUGGAUAUCAUCACUCUACUAUUUCCUAUCUGAUGUUCAAGAUGAUGCUUUAGCUUGUAUAUAUAAAUUACAGCAUUUACUACCAGAUACAACAACGAUUAUUUUACCGAAUUUUUUCAAUCAUACAACGAUUUCUAAAAGCUUCGUUGAAAAACUUUAUUUACGAUUGAAAAACAAUAAUGAAAUUUCAUCCGAACAAUCAUCAAGUUCAUCAUCUUCACAAGAAUUAACCUAUAUCCUAUCGCGUAUUGCUGUUGCGGAAGAAAACGAUGAAUUAGCAUUAUUAAUCAAAAAAUUGGAGAAAAAAAUUAAAUUAUUUUAUGCUAAUUUAAAAACAGAAACACAUCUACAACAAAAAUCAUUAAUUAAAUGUUACGAAACGCUCGUCAAUGUUCUUAAUGAAAAUCUACAUUUAAAUGAAAAAGAAAAUAUCAAUGUUAGAAAAAUACUCGAUCAGAUUUUCAUUCAAGUUAUUGAUAUGAUCAUUAAGAUUCUCGAUGAAGAUUCUCAAUGGCCAGAUGCAUCGCUGAAAACCAUCGAAAAGCUAACUUUAGCUUUAAUUGAUUCGAUAAUGAAACGAACUGCGUCAGAUAAUAUAUGGCCGUUUAAAUCUAUUAAACCAUGGAUUCUUGCUUAUCGUGUGACAAUUAAACGGGAUCCAAAAAAGAAUGAACAAUUUCUAAUGACAUAUGUUAGAACAGUUCAUGAAUUAUUUGGAAAAAAUGAAAAUUGCCUUGUUGAAUCUGGUGCUUUACUUGAAUAUUUUCUGAUUGAACUUAUUCAAAUUGAACAUCCUGAUAUUCGAAAACGUUUAUUUUCUAAUACAACGAAUGGUACUGAAUCAUCGGAAACAUCCGAUGAACAAAAGAGUAAAUUAUCAAAAUUUAUGGAUGAAAUCGAACAAUGUAUUUACUGUCUGUAUGGUCUCGUUCUACGUAAAUCGAAAAUGAAAUAUCUAAAUGAUCACAAUUGUCGAUCGCUUGAAUUAACAUUAGAUAAAGCAAGCAUUGUUUUUUAUGCUUUACGGCCGAAACAUUUACCUGGUUAUGAAGGUCGUCUUUGUACGAUAACAAACGAGACGGAAAGUCUUUUUCAACGAUUUGAAUCAAUGAUUGAAUGGAACGAUGAACGUGAACAACGACGAAAAAUUUUGUUAUCUCAUAUAGCUGAUGCAGCAUCGAUCAAUAGCCAAGGAAAACAAAGUGAAGAAUUGAUUCAUCUAUCUGCUAAACAGUUCAAAUCAAAUAAUUCUUUGUUUGAAAAAGAUUUAUAUUAUCUUUUUGCUGAUUAUUAUCUUAAAAUGGGCUCAAAAGAUGCCGUAACGAAUGAAUCAUCAAAAAAAAAAGCACAAGAAUAUUAUAUCAAAGAUUUAUGCCUUAAUACAAAACGAUUCGAUUCAUGGGCUGGUUUGACUGUUAUUGAAUUUUAUAAAAUCGACGAAUUUAUUACUGCUGAUGAUUUUGAUCCGCGAAUAUUCAAUGUACAUAUGUCUGCUUCAUGCUUUUUUCGGCAAGCUGUUUCUGUUGAAAGUAAUAAUCAUACGCUCUGGAUGGAAUAUGCUGAAAUAACUUAUAUUCUACAAUCGUAUUGUUCAAAAUAUAAAGAAAAAGCAACAGAUUAUGUUCCGGAGCGUUCGUUUUUAUUGAAUAUAUGUAAAGAAGCAUAUGAAAAAGCCAAUGCAUGCACAGACAAUGAUGAAAACAAAGAAGAUUGGACUUAUUUAUAUAUGAUGGCUAAAAUUGAAGAAAAACUUCAUCGAAAUCGAUUAUUUGAUCCAUUGAAAAAAUAUGUUGCUGCUCUCGAUCUUCUACAUGAAAACAAAGCACUUUAUCCACGUAAACUUGGCCAUUAUACAUCGACAUCAAAUUCAAAGGGUACUCUACUUGGUUGCCAUGCUGUUGAGAUGUUCUAUCGAAUACAUGCAUCCACUCUUAAAUACUUGAAUCGUCAUAGUAAAGAAUCAGUCGAUUUGACAAUCGAUAAGUUAAAUGAAUUUUAUGAAUUUUUAACUGAAAUGCAAAAUAAACCAUUUGCAACAAGCUAUUACGAAAAAUCAACGAUCCCCGGUGAUGCUCAUUCUAGUCAAUUAAUCAGUGAAAUAUAUUUUCCUCAAAAAACAAAUCUCAUCACUGAUCCUUGGUUAACUGUAUACAAUAAAUGUGUAUGGUUAUGUAUCGAAGGUCUUUAUAUAUGUAUUGCUCGUUAUAAUCGUCACUAUCGUGCGCUCUAUCGUCUUGCACAUUUCUUUCAUUCAAAUGAACACUAUCGAAAUGAUCGACUUAGUCUUGAAUUUCUACUUGGUGGAGGGGCACUUGAAUUAAAAAACUAUCCGAAAAUUAUCGGCCUCUAUCAAGAAAGGUCAAAACAUAAUUUAUUUAAUGGUAUUUGGCGUAUACAACCAAUUGAUGCUGAUCGCACUGGCUCGUUUAAUGCUUCAAUGUAUAAAUCAACUCGUUUAUUUGUUGAACUACUUCUACAAUUUGAUGAGCAUUUAUUUGUAUUAUGGGAAGUUUUUCGACAAUUAUUGGAUAAACCAGACGCUGACAAAAAAUAUCUUCGAGAAGUUGAAAGAAAAAUGUUAUGUCAACAAGCAAUUAAAAGUCUUUUUCGAACAAUUAAAAAAAAGGCUCUACUUAAAACACGUGAGGAGAUUGAACGUGAAGGUUUGAAAAUCAUAUCAUCCAUAGAUGGAAAUGAUACAACAAAUGUUCCUUUACCACUUCUAUUUGAAGUAUCGAUUAAAUUAUACACUUUAAUUAAAAAUUACCCAGAUUUUAGUCAAAGUUCACGUUUUGAUGAAUUAGUCGAAUUAACGUUUCAACGCUAUCGAUCAAUUCUUAAAUUUUCAAAUCAUCUGCCAGAAAAACCAAAAGCAGAGAAUCUAGUGUUGGUAUAUACACAAAAGAAGGCAAAACAAAAAAAACGACCCACCACUACUGAACAAUCAAAUGGGAACAAACGACCAUGCCCUGAACCAUCAGCAACACCAUCAUCAUCUCAACCCUUUCAAGGACUUGCUUCUUUUAUUUCAAAUGACUUUGUUCCAAUUAAUGAAUAA